AUGCGCACACGCUUCAUCUGUUCAGUGAACAAUGAGGCCGUCUUGAAAGCGUUGUUUAAAAUCAAGGAUGACGAAUUGUCGUACGCUCGAGCAAUCCAGGUCGCCAUGGAGACUGAAGAUGCGGCAAAGGUAGCCAAGGAAACCGUGCAUGGGAUUCAGCCAAGGCUGGUGAAUAAGCUGCAGCAUGAGCCACGCUCUUCACCACCUGUGUCAAGUGGAGGGCACUCGACUAACCAUGGACCCAGAUACACCAGGGCGUUUCCACAGGUGGUCUGUGUGCGUUGUGGCAGGUCUAACCAAAUUAGCAAAGUAUGCCCAUACCUUACCGCAACCUGCCAUUUCUGUCAACGGAAAGGGCACCUUCAGUCCGUCUGUCUGCAGAAGAAGAGAGGCAACAAGCCAGCAAUAAAGACAAUUUACAAGCAGAGACUCCAGACGGUGAAACGGCAGGGAGAAAUCCCUGAGCUCCUGCAACCCAUCUCUCUGAACGGAAAGAAGUUCGAUUUUGAGAUCGACACUGGUGCGGGAGACAACUUUUGCUCGGGGGACGUCUGGGUAAAGCUGGGGAAGCCAUGCCUACAGCAGCCAACAAGCCAAUAG